AUGUUUAAAAGAUCGAUGAACAGCAGAGCAUUCACCGGCGCGUCUAUCGCCCUAUACAGAACGCUCCCCACAAUUGCGGGCCGGCCGAAACUUUUCCAUCUCGUAGCCCUGUUUGUACUGCCUAGACGACAGAGAAAGUGCUCCGUUAUGAAAACUGGGGGAUUCUUUUCAGUUUGUUCAGGAGCAAUAAGAUGGGGAUUACUGAGAGAAGUUCAGCUCACGAGGAGCGCAAGCUAUGCACGCCGCUACGACAAAAAGCUCCACAAAAACGGGGAAUCGAUUCGCGAAAGCUCCACCGCGAAAGCUGCGACGGAAGCACGCGAGCGCGCACCGGACCUCGCUCCACGCUCUACCGCCGCCGCGUACCGCGAACGAAACCACAAAAACAACCAGCCAGAAUACUACCACAACAACGCGAACUACACUUGGCACAACUCGAAAAGCUCGCACAAAACUUUGCGCGGCGACGCGGCUUAUACCUUCUCCGGUCGCUUGAUCCAUCCGCGCCUCCUUUUUGUCCCCGUCCCGCUGCCUCGGAAACGUAAGAAGGACGCGCGCGGAAAAAUAAACAAAAAGGGGGAUCAGAAGUUCGCGAACGCGUCGGUGCGUGCCGUUGGUGCGGACGACACGCGUGCAGUCGCAACGGCGGUCGGCGGCAGACUGGCGCGCCGCGCUGUAGAGAUGGAGCAACCCAGUGUUAUAACGGCUGUUAUACGUUGCGGCGACAGCACUAGGGGGCGCAGCGCACAGCUGCCGCUGCGUCCAAUGGCGGGCGGUCACGUGACGCCCCGCGCCCGCACACGCUUGUUUACAAAUAAUAAUAGUAGGGACGGUGGCGCCGCCUCUACAGCGCGGCGGCUACGCGCUACGCGCUACGCACAGCUGUCGAUGCAUUUGGCGGGAUUCGGAGCGCUCGCUCGCGCUUCGAUCUGUUUACUUCGCAGCUUAUUUAGUUCGAUCGAUGCCUUGCCCGCUAUUUGGGCACGCAUUGGCAUCACCACAACACUGGCGAUGAUUUGUUUUAACAGCAAGGCUCAAGAUAACGCG